AAGACCCUCAACUUCCUAAGGUUACAAUCAAGUGUGUUUGUGUGUUUGUGUGUCUGUGUGUGUGAGAGUGUGUGAGAGUUCCACCUUAAAUAGUAUGUGUGCACCAUGUGACCAUGUUCCUGGAAAGUUCCUAGAAAUGCUUCUUUAGUGUUUUCGUUCCUCAGCUUGAUUUUCUGUUUGUAGAAGCUCAGACACACACAUACACACAGACUCACACAGACUCACACUGAGUAGCUGAGACACACACUGAGACACUGAAAUACACACUGAGACACUGAAAUACACACUGAGACACUGAAAUACACACUGAGACACUGAAAUACACACUGAGACACUGAAAUACACACUGAGACACUGAGACACACAGACACGGACACUCGGACUCACUCGGUGAUUUUCGGUAAACGGGAAUAAAUCGGCGCGCGGACUGAAGCUCUGACUGACAGGUUGGACCGUGUGUGUGACCCGGACCCGCCAGUACAGGACCGGGACCAGUACAGGACCGGGACCAGUACAGGACCGGGACCAGUACAGGACCGGGACCAGUACAGGACGAGGACGGUGAAUGUUUCUGUUCGUGGAGGACUCAGUGACGUUGCUGCGGUUUGUUGGCUUAAAGCUAAAAGCUGUUAGCUAACGGCUAACGGCUAGCUAACAGCAGUUCUCAGGACCUGGAUAGAAACCCGGGGCUCCAUGUUUGAGCUGUGGGCCUGACGCCGGGCUGAGGUCGAUUUGUCCGAUGAACUUCCAGUCGUCCGACUCAACAGAAACUAUCCAGAGCAACAGACGAGUCGAUAACAACCUCAGAGCUGUUGAAUCAGACGAGAGCCACAUCGCCUCAGCCAUGAAAGAGCUCAGGAACACAGGCUGGUACUGGGGAACUCUGACCGCCGCCGAGGCCAAAGAGAUCCUGCAGGACGCAGCUGAGGGCACCUUCCUGGUGCGGGACAGCUCUCAGAGGGACUACCUGUUCACCAUCUCCGCCAUGACAUCGGCGGGUCCCACCAACCUGCGGAUUGAGUACAAAGAUGGUAAAUUCAAGCUUGACUCUGUGGUUCUGGUGAGGCCGAAGCUGAAGCAGUUUGACAGCGUGGUCCACCUGGUGGAGCACUACGUCAUGCUCUCCAAGAGCAGCGACAACACGACAGCAGACCCUCAAUUCUCAGCAGCGGCGGCGGCGGCGGCACCCAACGGCACGGUGCAGCUGCUGCUCACCAAACCUGUGUACACCGCUACGCCAGCGCUGCAGCACCUGUGCCGCAUCGCCAUCAACAAGACGACGCGGCAAGUCCAGGAUCUGCCGCUGCCCAACAGACUGAGGGACUAUCUGACAGACUACGCCUACAAUGUGUAGACACAGAGCGGCAUCAGCUGUGUGCAACGCCACCUGACCUCGGAUCAGUCCCAUCAUCGGUGCCGACAGGCCGGUCAGAGCCACAGGCAAUAAUUGCCGGGGAGUCGUCAUGGAAGCAGGCGGAGUUUGUGUGUGAUGCAGACGUUAACACAGAAACUGACCACGAGCGACACAUCAGGCCCAAGAUACACACUCACAACCUGCACACACACUUAACCGGUUUCAAAUUAAAACUCAUCUAAAAUGCUUUAUGAUCAAUAACCUAUGACCCAGGUCUGUGGUUACAUCAUGUAACUGUAGCUCUAUGAAAUCGAAUUAUGAAUUUGUUCAUACAUCAAAUGAAUCUGAAUGUUUAAACAAACUUCAUGUCGCUCUGGUCAAAUGUUAUCACGGUUGAAUAUAAGCCGACCUCCGGCCUCCUCUGGGUCGGGAGGGAUCAGUCCUCAGCUAUAGAUCCUGGACGCUCUGGUCGUUAAACGGUCGCUCUCUCAGGUAAAACACGACUUGUUGCAUGUUUGUUCACAGGUUCGAUGCUCAUGUUGAUGAUGUUCUUCUUCUGUUAUUUUCUAUAAUUGCUCUGUGGCUAAAUGAGUAAAUGUAUAUUUUGUAUAAUUGCUCUGUGGCUAAAUGAGUAAAUGUAUAUUUACUGAAGGUAACAGGAAGUACAGAUGUUUUGUACAUAUCACAGCUGUUUGAUUUUUAUAACCUAUUUAUUGAUGCUGUCACACUGUGUGUUUGUACAGAAGCUGAACACACAGCGGGUUCGGGGCCUCUGUCAAACAUGAGAUAAAUAAAGUUUCAUAUGGUGCUUCA